ACCUUCAUGUUAGACGAGAAAAGGUUUAUCUAUCCCCUCGUUCGCUGAAGCUGAGCUGACUUGAGCUUCCAAUCCUUAGCUCGUAUAAGAUAUUAUACCUAAUUAUUAGCUCGUGUCUUAUGAGACGAGUCAUGCAUGUCGUGUGAGACAUAUGCAGCUGCUGAACUAGCAACUUAAGAAAGAAUCAAGAAUAAUAGUUUCUCCCAAUUACCUAUUUGUUCGCUUCCCGGAAACAUAAUACCAACUUCCCGCUCCAAGUUUCUGGCUUAUACUUUUGUCCUCCGAUAGUACGAAAUUUGAUACCCUCAUUUGUCGGUCUAUGGAAUAUUUUUACAACUAUAUUCCGUCGAAUUCAGUUGGACAGAAACAGACGGAUAUAAUGCAGCUUACCAUGGGUCGUUCCGCGAGCGAUCACCGGGCGUCGAUGCCGGCUAGGCAAGCCGUCCCUAAGUCAGAUCCGUUUAGACCUAACAACACGAGGCAACACCGGCAUUCUAAGUCGCAACCUUUCGAUGCUGAUGAUUUGCGACGGCGACUGUAUAUAGUAAUUGCAGAACAAGAAGAGCAGAAGAAGAGACAAAAGCGAAGACCGGACGAGAUUUACCAGAGUCAAGAGCAGAGUAGAUCCACAAGCAGAUCAGAAGUGAGACAGGCGGAUACCACGAAGCCAGGAGCUAGCGAAAGGAGCUUCGCGUCACGCAUGGCGAAAAGCAAAGUCUCGGUAGCAGAUCCGACAAGAGAGAGCGAUACCCAGCCACCACUAAAAAUAAAAACCGGCCGGUCGAUGUCAAAAUCCAUCCAGGACAGGCUACGGCGCCGACCGUCAGAGGUAGUAGACCCGACAGCGACCGAGAGCGCGGUCAAAGCAGCAGCAGCAACAUCAUACCAGCACGUGCCCCAAGAAGCCGCCGCGCAAUUCGAACGUACGGCAACGGCCAACAGCAUGCGGGAGAGGAAUCUCGGCCACAGCCUAUCCCAAUCAACGCUCAAAUACCGCAUCGAACGCCGACCAUCAGCAGAUCAACAGCAUGAACUCGAUUCCCCUCCUCCACACACAUUAGAACGAGUCCGAAGCAAACGGGAGCUCUUCCACGAGCGGAACCCCUUCCAAACCCCGCAGUGGCACCCAGUAGCAGCAGCCACCACCGCCGCCGCCGCCGCCGACACGGAAGACCUCUGCUGCCCUCACCACCAACCCCCACCCCACCUCCACCCCCAACAACACCACCAUCAACUCCGCCGCCACAGCGCCCCGCUAGUCAUCCCCCCGCGCCCCUGGCGCAAGAACAGCAUCGGCACCGUCCUCGAGGACAAAGCCAUGGACGAGAUCUCCUCCGAGGAGACCCUCGUCGUAGACCCCCUAUUACUAACCACCACGACGGCGGCGGUGAUAAACGACCACCACCGCGUCGACUGGACGCAGAGCGACGAGAAAAAACCGCCUGCGAAAUCUACUAGUGGUGGCGGUGGUGGUGGUGGGGGUAGGAUCCCGCUGUUGAGAAAGGCGGAUUCCCUCUGGACGCUGAAGAAGCUGGGCGGGUUUAAUAAGGGUAGUGUUGCUCGCGAGAAACAGCAGCAGCAGCAGCAGCAGCAGAAGCAUUUACAGGACGAUGGGAGCCCGAUAGGUUCGUCAUCGUCGCCGUCGGCGUUGAAGUUUCCGCGGUUCGGGUUUUUGAUGAAGUUGAGACGAUAGUUGGUGGUGGUGGUGGCGGCGACGGCUUUAAUGAGUAUUAAUUUAAUUCAUUUGUUUAUCUUGGGGGUAUGAUGUGAUUGCUAUCUAAUGAAUGUAUUGGAGAUUGCGUGAGAUGUAUGUAUGUAACUAUAUACCCCGGCCGAAGAUGCGUGGAUACCUAUGAUGUCGUGAUACCGUGGUGUAUAGGUAGGCAAAAGUAUUUAUGAGAUAAGGGGACGAAUUGUAGUGGACUUAUAUUAUGAAGAAAUAUC